CUGCCUCUCACAAAGGAUCUUCUUCAUCCCUCUCCAGAAGAGGAAAAGAGGAAACACAAGAAAAAGUGCCUGGUGCAGAGCCCCAAUUCCUACUUUAUGGAUGUGAAGUGCCUAGGAUGCUAUAAAAUCACCACGGUCUUUAGACAUGCACAAACGGUAGUCUUAUGUGAUGGCUGCUCUACUGUCCUCUGUCAGCCCAUAGGUGGAAAAGCAAGGCUGACAGAAGGAUGCUCCUUCAGGAAGAAGCAGCACUGA